AUGGCGCUAUACGGGACCUCUGAUGUCCUGAUGUGUAGAGUGUUUCCCACCACUCUGAGAGGGCCGGCCCACACGUGGUUCCGCGGCUUGAAGACUGAAACGAUCGCGUCCUUCGACCAGCUCGUCAAUGACUUCGAGCUCCACUUCAUGGCCUAUGCACGGUCGAAGCCUUCCGCGGCACUGCUCCUUGGACUCAAGCAAAGGGAGGACGAGCCUCUCUCACAUUUUGUGGAUCGCUUUGCCAUGCAAAUUCGGGGCAUGCGACCUUCCAGAUUCCUCUGGUCCCUCGUGGAGCGACCUCCCACCGCGGUGCCAGAGAUGCUCCAACGGGCUAGCCGGUACAUCACAGCGGAGACCUGGGCAGCCGGGAGGAGAAGGGACGACUUCCGGCUGCCGGCCCCAUGA